AUACAGGCUCUAAUUCUAGGAGCUUCAGACACUACAACGGUGACACUAACUUAGGCUUUGUCAUUACUACUCAACAAUCGCCACGUCCUAAAGAAAGCACAACAAGAAUUAGACAGCGUUGUCGGUAGAGAAAGGCAAGUGAACGAAUCAGACAUGAAGGAUUUGGUUUACCUUCAAGCCAUCAUCAAAGAAAUUUUUAGGUUGUAUCCUGCUGCUCCAUUAUCAGUGCAACAUGAAUCCAUAGAAGACUGCAGUGUAGGAGGCUAUCACAUUCCAUCAGGCACACGCCUUAUUGUAAAUCUCUCAAAACUUCAUAGAGAUUCACGGGUAUGGUUGAAUCCUUCAGAGUUUAAACCAGAAAGGUUUCUUACAACCCACAAGGAUAUUGAUUUCAAGGGCCAGAAUUUCGAGCUAAUACCAUUUGGCAGUGGAAGAAGAAUGUGUCCUGGAGUCUCAUUUGCUUCACAAGUUGUGAACCUCAUACUUGCUACUUUGCUACAUUCUUUUGAAAUAGAAACUCCAUCAGGCCAACCAGUUGAUAUGAGUGAGAGCGCUGGACUGACAAACCUCAAAGCCACCCCUCUGGAUGUUCUCCUUAUGACGUGCCUUCCUCCUCCCCUUUAUGCUGCUACAAAGUAA